AUGGCUGCUGAAGGUUUGUGCUCCCUAGGGCUAACUGUGUCUGGUAAAGGAAAAUUUGUGGCAUCUAAAACUAUCAAUGCUUCCCAUUUUGAGAAGCAUGACGUUGUAAACGAUGUGAUUGACCUAGAGGAUGAUAGAUCGGAUGAUCAAGAGGAUAUCUUACUUCAUCACUUAAAGCCAAGUGUGGCUAAGCGUAUGAAGACUAGAAAAGGAAGAUUUGUGGUUGAACUAAUGUCAGCUAGAACAGCUAAGAAGACUGUUGAUGUUGGUCCUUCCAAAUCUUGGAGCAAGGAUGGAGCUGCCAAAUGGAAAUUUGUUAUCCAAAUAAGGGUGGUUGUGGAAAGGGAGUUAGGAAAGGAUGUUGUUGAAGUCAAGGAGGUCAUGGACCUAAUGAAGACUGUUGGGUUGAUGAAGACUGUGGUUGGGUUCUCUCAGUGCUAUGAGGGUUUAGUUAAGGAAUUCAUUGUCAACAUUCCUGAAGAUAUUGUUGAUAAGAAUAGCAAGGAAUUUUGCAAAGUGUUUGUGAGAGGAAGAAGAGUUGAGGGUGCAGGUGAAUUGGAAGCUACUGAUAAUGAGGUAUGUAGAGAAAUUACAGCAAGGCAGGUGAAAGGGUGGCCUAUUAAAAAGCAUCUUCCUGCUGGGAAGUUGAUUGUCAAGUAUGCAAUAUUGCAUAAAAUAGGAGCUGCAAAUUGGGUGCCUACCAACCACACUUCCACAAUUGCUAAUACCCUUGGAAGGUUUAUCUUUGCUGUUGGAACCAAAAUGACUUUUAACUAUAGUAGAUUUAUGUUUGAACAAAUUAUCAAGCAUGCAUCUACUAAUGCAGUUAAGCUGCCUAUUGCUUUUCCCUCUAUGAUUUGCGGGAUUACCCUGAAUCAACACCCUGGUGUUUUGAGUUCUAAUGACUUACCAAGUAGAAUAAAACCUGCUCUGUUAGUGCACUAUAAACUGUUUGAAGGCCAUCCUGUCGAAGACAUUGUCAUGACAUCUGCUAUGAAAAAGCCAGCCUCAAAAGUUGGAACUAUUGUUGAGCUGAAGGAGACUUGUAAAGAGCUAGGUGAAGGGAUAAGGCCUACUUACAGCUGA